AUGACGUCAAAGAUCAAGCGAUUAGAUUUUGAGCUACAACAGGUUUUCGAUGAAUACACUAGCGGGACAAUAUGCCUCUGGCUCUGCUUGAUGUAUGCUGUUGUGGAAUGUUGGCCCAAAGUUCGUCUAAGUUCAAGACAGGAAGGGGCCAAAGGAAUUCUUGCUCUUACGAUGGUUUUUUAUAUAGACGAUUCCGUCAACGUGACUGAAGAGAAGGUAGAGAAAUACCUGCGGAGUGUCACUUGGCAGGCAACAGAUGACCUCGAACAUUAUUUUCUGCUCAAUGGGAUCGAUGUUAAGUACUGGAUAAGAAGAGUUGAGAAGGAGCCUAAUCUGAAGACUGCAUUGAACUUUGAUAAAAGAAAUCCUUUUGCUUACGUGGAUGGAGCAACUAGUGCACUAUUGGCAUAUUUUGAAAGAAAGAACAAUCCGGAUAUUAACGUCCUGCUAACAGGAAUUAAGUUGUACAAGGGUUAUGAUAUAGGAAACAGUUAUGGGUAUUCCGAGGACAAGACGCUGUGCCAAAGUUUCGUGCCCAUGUUGUUAGCAUACGCCCCCGACAGGCCUUACAGCGUAGGCAGAAUGUUGGCUGAACUGAUCCGAAACAGCGUGAACCCUGAUGAUGUGCCCUAUGUUCACAACAGACUAGCACGUGAUUUUAAACAAAAGAUGAAGAACUACCUAAGCACCUGUGGCAAAGAUCCGCAGCAUCCUGAAGGGGAGAAUCCUGUAACACCACCUGAUGUGGAGCCUACCGACAAUCCAGACCAUACAGAAACCCCACUACUGCCUGAUACGGUAACGCCACCAGUAGAACCUCCCGCCCCAUCACCACCUGCACCGGAACCACCUUCUGAAACACCAUCAGAACCAGGAGAGCAGCCCACUCCACCGCCAGAGCCAACUGCAACUACCGGAGUGCCAGAUUACUGCUAA